AUGACACCCUCACCGUUCGUCUUCCUCAGCCAUCCUGGUCUGGCAUUGCAGCAGCCCCAUGAUGAUCUAUCCCUCGAAUGCAUCUCGCGCAUGCUCAUGGAGGAGGACAUCGUCGACAGGUUCUUCUACCAGUACCCCGAUCACGAUGCACUCCAGCAGGCUCAGCAUCCCUUUGCCCAGAUCCUCUCCACCUCUGGCGCAGCCACAUCCCAUGCACAACAACCCUCUGACAUGCUGCCCGGUGAAGGCAAUAGCACCCAAGGAAAGAGUUCAGCCUUCUUUUUCAAUGGCAAGGACAAGAUGGAGCCCAACAGCAACAUGGACGUUCUGUCGAGCAUGGCAUUCUUCAGGGGCAUGGAGGAGGCCAACAGUUUCUUGCCCACAAACUAUGGGUUGGUGGACUGUAGCGGGCAAAAGAACAUGUCUCACAGUGGCAACGCAGAAGUGGAGACAGAGCCGCCCAGGCGCAGCAACCAGAUAGCGGUGCUGAUACAGCCUGAAUCCAAGGAGGAGGAGGCCGCUUGCAAAAUAUUGGACCAGCUCAUGCUUGGUUACGCCAUAUGCUCCUAUGAAGUACACGCCGACAUGGAGAAGGAGAACAAGGCAGAGCAGCAGAGAAUCUGCAAAAAGGCACCAUGUGCGAGGUAUGGUCCGAGGUUGCUGGCAGUGGACGAUCUGGAGACCCUGCUGAUCCGUUGUGCGGAGGCAGUGGCGACCAAUGACCGGCGCAGUGCGUGCGAGCUGACAUGGCGGAUCAAGCGACAAUCCUCACCAAUAGGGGACGCCACACAGCGGCUAGCUCAUUACUUUGCCGAGGGAUUAGAGGCGCGCCUGGCCGGCAGGGGAAGCCAGCUCUACCGCUCACUCAUGGCUAAGCGCACCCCCGUUGUGGAGCUCCUCAAGGCCUAUAAGCUCGUCAUGUCCGUCUGCUGCUUCCUCAGAGUGUUUUUUCUUUUCACCAAUAAGACCAUCUACAAUGCUGUCAUGGGGAGGAACAAGCUGCACAUUGUGCACUAUGGCGUCAACGAUGGGUUUCAGUGGCCACACCUGUUCCGGUGUCUAGCAGACAGGGACGGCGGCCCUCCGGCGGUAAGGAUCACUGGCAUUACCAGCCCCAUGCCAGAAUUCCGUCCUGCUGAGCAAAUUGAGGAUAUCAGCCCCAGGCCAGGAUUCCGUCCUGCCGAGCAAAUUGAGGAUAUAGAACGCCGGCUCGCCAACUGUGCAAGGCAGUUCGGCAUUCCAUUUAAGUUCCGCGCCAUCACAGCCAAGUCGGAGGAUGUCCGGGUAGAGGACCUCAACAUCAACCCGGACGAGGUUCUCAUUGUGAACAGCCUACUGCAUUUUAGAUACCUGAUGGACGAAAGUGUCGUCAUCAACAGGCUAAACCCCAGGGAUAUGGUGCUCAACACUAUCAGGGAGAUGAAGCCAGCUGUUUUCAUCAACGCCAUUGUGAAUGCAUCAUACAACACGACUUUUUUCGCGACACGGUUCCGCCAAGUACUCCAUAACUUUGCGGCACACUUUGACAUGAUGGAGACCACAGUGCCAUGGGACAACCGCGAGAGGCUGCUGGUGGAGAGGGACAUCAUUGCACGGUGUGCCAUGAACAACAUCGCCUGUGAGGGCAGGGAUCGGGUGGAGCGCCCUCAAAACUACAGGGAGUGGCAGAUACGGAAGCAGCGAGCAGGGCUCAGGCAGCUUCCAUUGGACCCUGACAUUGUCCAGAUGUUGAAGGCCAAAGUGAAGAAGCAAUACAACAAGCAUUUUAUGAUCAACGAGGAACACCAAUGGCUUCUGCAGGGAUGGAAAGGUCGCAUGCUUUACGCCCUCUCCACAUGGGUAGCUGACGAUGGUAGCAGUUCACAAGUGACAUAG